AUGAACGCAGCCUGGACCCCUACUUGCGGCGCACUUUUGCUGCUCGUCAUACUCUUGGUCGUGAAGGGUAUCAAAAGAGCGUAUCUCUCGCCGCUGCGAGCCGUACCUAAUGCAAGUGUUCUCGCUCCGUUCUCCCGCCUGCUAUGGGCUUUUCCCCAAGAGCAUUUCGGCAACAUCACGCUUGCGCUCCCCCGGCUGCACGAGAAGCUCGGUCCCUUGGUCCGCAUUGGGCCGAAUGAGGUGUCUUUCUAUUCGCUGGACGUGUACGACCUGGUGCACAAAGUCCGCAGCGAAUUCGCCAAAGACCCGCGGAUCUACGGCGAGUUCGUCCAGGAUGGCCACCCCGCACUUUUCUCCAUCACUGACGCCGAGGAGCAUGCGAAACGUCGCAGGCUGAUGGGCCAGCUCUUCAACCUGAGCAAGAUGGACAACCUGCGCGAGCUGAUGCUGCAGCAGGUUGACGGCUUCGUGCGUGCCUUGAAACAGGGCGGUCAUCGGCCCGUUGAUCUGGUCCCCGCGUGCCGAGCUCUGGAAGCGGACAUCGUCUCAUCGUUUGGAUUCGGCACGGCGGUGGGCGCCAUAUCUGCAUGGUCAAGGGGGGAGGAACUCGCCAUGGUAGCGAAGAACGACGAGAAGGCAACAUGGAUGCCACUGAUCACGAACUUCCCGCGUCUCUGCCUCGUCUGGGAAAGGCUGGAGGACCUCGUCUUCGCCGCCACGGGAUGGCACACGGCGUAUCACCGCGCCAUGCAAGACUUCGACUCCUGGUCAGCAGCCGGUCUGCAAUCCAACCAACAGGCCCCAAAGCAGCAGCAGCAGCAGCACCAGCAACAGCAACCCACCCCCUCCUCCCCCUUCCCGAACUUCAUCCGCGUAAUGCUCAAAUCCGGCCUCGCGCCGCAAAGCGCGCUGUCCGAGGCAAAAGAAAUGCUCGGGCCGGGCACGGACACGACGUCAGCGUCGCUCGCACACAUCCUCUGGGCCCUCGCCCACAACAGCGCCUACCAAGACGAGCUUUACGGCGACCUCGCCGCGGCCGGGUUUCCAACCCACAUGGGCGGGCUGGAGGCCGUGGCGAAGCUGAAGGCGUGCGUGAAGGAGGGCGUGCGCUGGGCGGGCGCGGCGGCGGCGAUGCUGCCGCGCGUGGUGCCCGAGGGGGGCGUUGAGCUGGUGGGGGGAACGUGGGUGCCGGGUGGGACGAUCUUGAGCUCGUCGCCUAUCUGGUACCUGAGGGACAAGACGGCGUUUCCGAAUCCGGACGAGUACGAUCCGUACCGGUGGCUGAGCGCGGACGGGCAAAGGCUGAGCGACGGGCUCGCGCUGCGCGAUAGGUACUACAUCCCCUUCUCGAAGGGGUCGAACGUCUGCAUCGGCGCGCACUUCUCGUAUUACGAGCUCUACCUCGCCGUCUCGCACGUCGUCCGCAAUUUCCGCAUCCGCCUUGUCGAUGCGCCGUCAGAAUCGCGAGGACUGCUGUCAUCCAUCUCGGCCUGCGCGAACAGCAGGUUCCACCCGGUGCAGCUGCCGCCGCGGCGCGAAUGGGUUGCCGCUGUGCCGACGCAGAAGAUGCUGGUUGUGUUCGAGGAGAGGAGAGAGGAGAAGGAGAAAAUGUGA